CCUUGACCAUGUGCUUGGCCUAUAAAAAGGCAAAUAUAGUCAGAGGUCGGAGAGAAUGACAUUAUAAGUAACAAACAAAUCCAAGAGUUUUUCAGUAAAUUGGCCAAAGACAUGAAGUCUCUCUUACCUUUCCUCUGUAUUCUCCUCUCUCUUCUAUUGUUUACCAACCUGAGCUUUGCAAGAAAAGACAUAGGAGACUACUGGAAAAGCAUCAUGAAAGAGCAACCCAUGCCAGAGGCAAUCAGAGAUCUUUUCCAUCAAGAAGAUGUGCCAUCUCUCCCCGGUUCAAGGAAAAUGGAUCGUUUCGCUAGGGAUUUCGACAUUAGGCCAAACCUUAUAAUUUACCACGCCCAUCCGAAGCCUGUAGAAGGGAAAACUGAAACAGAGGAUGAAGAAGAAUUCAAAGUUAUUAAGCAAAUCAACCGUGGCUGAAUCAAUAUCACAGACACCAUAUCUACAUAUAUUUAAUAUGUGUCUCUAUUAUUAGACAUAGUGUGAAGCAAAGCAUCUUGAUUUGGUCAAUUAUGCAACUAUAUAGUAUUUUAAUGGUUAAUGUGUAUAAUAAGUUGUGGUUGGACUUUUAUCAGGUUUUCGUCCCACUUUAUUUUUGUUCUUCUUUCUUAAUCUGUUUGGAGUAGGCAUAAUUAAAGUAGAAAGCUUUACUUUCGGUUGUUGUCUAUUUAUUUAUGUAAUGUAUAUUUAAGAUUUUAUAUAUAAGAGUAAUAUCUAAUUAGUUUCUUAUAGUUUAA